UUUUAAUCUUCUCCCACUUGACACUGGUGUCUGCCGGGGCAGGACCAUGGGAAGAGGACUUCCCAGUGGAUUGAGAACUGCUUUGAACACUUUAUAAAGACACAUUGGAGCUACAAGAGAAACAGCAACUCAUUGGAUAUUUUUUUACAAGCGACAGCGAGUUUUUAAUGGAGUGUUAUUCGAGCAUUUUUAGCAUAUUUGGAACUUAAAUUCGUUGUUGUAAGCGCUUUUGUCUGUUUUUUUUAAAGUAAUUUCCUGUUGGUGCCUGGGAAAAAAGAUAGGGGGAAAGUUUCCUCCCUCUCGUUUAGUCUUCUACAUACCAAAGUACUGGGAAAUGAAAGUAAGUGUUUGAAAAAGAGAAGCUUGCCUUUAUUUUCUGAACGUACUGCGGAUACACUGGGAAUAAAACAGCCGUCUCAUGUGGAAAAGACAACACUGUGAAUCGGUCCCACGCUAGGAGCAACAAAGGAAACCUCCUGGAUAAGUUAUUUACCAAGCAGCUCGCAUGCGCAGCUUUUAAAAACUGAGGCACAGGAGUGUUGAAGGAAAUGAACACAACGCCAGCAUGGAAAGGGAAUUAUAAAGGAAUCGCUUGAUAACAAAGAAGGGGAUCUCUUUCCGUCGGACUGAGCAAGGGGAAAGCCCUGCGAGAAAUGGAGGAGGAAGGCUCACUUGAGCCAAACAAGAUGCUGGAAAAGGUCUCAUGUGUGUCUUUAACCUGGUCUGGAUUUAAGACGUGUUGUUCAUAACAGAGCUGCCGAGUGUUAGUUACAACAUCUGCCCUGUUUUUAGUAUCAAAACAUUCAUUUCUCUGCCAAUGCUGCAGCGGUUCUGUGGUCGUGUGUGAAAAUGAGGGUGGAUCUGUUGCAGUUGUUUGUGGUUUUGCUGCUCUGUGGCGGGGCAGGCUCGGCGGUAUCAUCUGAUUGCAAAUCAUAUGAUGAACGCUCGAAAAACGAGGGGAAGGUGGUGUGCAGCAACAUGGAGCUCCAUCAGGUGUUACCCCCGGACUCGUUCCCCAACAGGACGCUCACGCUAAUUUUGAACAACAAUAAGAUUCAAGAACUCAAGAAUGGAUCUUUCUUUGGAUUGUUUGCUUUGGAAAAAUUAGACCUGCGGAGUAACAUGAUCAGUCGUAUUGAACCAGAUGCCUUCCUUGGAUUGCCGGCGCUCAAAAGACUAGACUUGUCCAACAACAGCAUCGGCUGUCUCAAUGUGGACAUCUUUAAGGGCCUCACUAGUCUGACCAGACUAAACCUUUCAGGAAACAUGUUCUCCUCGUUGGCACAGGGUACCUUUGACAGCUUGGUGUCUCUGAAGUCACUAGAGUUCCAGACGCCUUACCUGCUGUGUGACUGCAACCUUCUGUGGCUGCUGCGUUGGAUCAAAGAGAGAAACAUCACCGUCAAAAACACCAAGUGCUCCUACCCACAGUCUCUCCAGGGGCAGCUGGUGACCUCCCUCAGGGCGGAGCUCCUCACCUGCGAUGCUCCUCUUGAGCUGCCCUCCUUCCAGCUGACUCCGUCCCAGCGUCAGGUGGUCUUUCAAGGGGACAGCCUGCCCUUCCAGUGUCAGGCCUCCUUCGUCGCCGAGGACAUGCAGGUGCUGUGGUACCAGAAUGGCCGCAUGGUCAAGACCGACGCAGCGCAGGGCAUCUUCAUUGAGAAGCGCAUGGUGCAGAACUGCUCUCUGAUUGCCAGUGCGUUGACCAUCUCAAACAUUCAGCCUGGUUUCACUGGGAACUGGGAGUGCCGGGUCUGGACUAGCAGAGGAAACACAACCAGGACUGUACACAUCGUGGUUUUGGAGAGUUCUGCAAAGUACUGUGCACCUGAACGCGUCUCUAACAACAAGGGAGAGUUCAGGUGGCCGCGCACCCUGGCAGGCAUCAGAGCCUACCUCCCCUGCAACAGACUGACAUCCAGCGCAGGCUCCUACUCGGGCAGCUCCGGCGAUGAGCAGCGUGCAUGGCGCUACUGCGAUCGCAAUGGGCUGUGGGCGGAGGAGGACUACUCCCACUGCCAGUUCCAGAAUGAUGUCACAAGAUUUUUAAAGGUCAUUAACCAGAUGCCUCUGAAUGAGAGCAAUGUUGUCACCCUGGCUCAACGCCUGCUGGGCUACACCAUCGAUGCUUCAUCAAACUUCUCAGACAAGAUGGACAUCAUCUUUGUGGCCGAGAUGAUUGAGAAGAUCGGCAAGUUUGUGGAGAAAUUUAAAGACUUGGGUGAAGUGAUGGUCAGCAUGGCUAGUAACUUGAUGCUGGCAGAUGAGCGGGUGCUCUGGAUGGCUCAGCGUGAAGCCAUGGCCUGCUCACGUGUCAUCACCUGCCUCCAGAAGAUCGCAGUGUACCGUCUGGCCACAGCACAGGCCUUCUUCCUGACUUCCCCCAACAUCGCGCUGGAGGCCCACGCUGUCAGGGCCAACGAGUGGAACGGCAUGACCUGCAUGUUGUUCCAGAGGCCGAGCCCGGAGCGCACACCCGGUCAGGACCGCCAACUCACCUUCAAAUGCAACACAACCAGCUCUUUCUCCAGCAUCCUGCACAAGAGCACCUUAGUGGAGGCCUCCCUGCAGCUCCCCCAGUCUCUCUUUACCCAGACUGCACUGCCUGGGCAGGUAGAUGACACGGUCUACAAGCUCCAUCUACUCGGCUUCCGCAAUGGAAAGUUUUUUCCCUCAACAGGCAACUCCUCCCUUCUUGCUGAUGGAGGGAAGAGACGGAGUGUUGCCACCCCUGUCAUCAUGGCCAAGAUAGAUGGCAUGUCAUUGCGCGUACUGAAAACCCCAGUGAACAUCACCCUGCGGCGCUUUGCCCGCGGCUCAGAUGCCGUAUCGGCCUCCUGGAACUUCAGCCUGGUCGGAGGCCACGGAGGCUGGCAGAGCGACGGCUGCCGAAUCCUGGACCACCAUGACAACUUCACCACUAUAUCCUGCAACUCUCUUGGCAACUAUGGACUGCUCAUGGAUCUCAGCAGUGUGGAGUAUUUCUCUCCCAGCAUCCAGCCUCUGCACCCUGUCAUAUACGCCACUGCUAUCAUACUCCUCCUCAGUCUGGUUACUGUUAUCAUCAGCUACAUCUACCACCACAGGUCCGUCCGUGUGAGCCGCAAAUUUUGGCACAUGCUGGUCAACCUCUGCUUCCACAUCUCCCUCACCUGCGGCGUCUUUGUAGGCGGCAUAAAUCAGACGCGACACGCCAGCGUCUGCCAAGCGGUGGGCAUCCUGCUGCACUAUUCAACCUUGGCUACAGCUCUCUGGGUGGGUGUGACGGCACGGAACAUCUACAAGCAGGUGACGCGCAAAGCCAAGCGCUACGAGGAGCUGGAUGAACCUCCACCACCACCACGGCCGAUGCUGAGGUUCUACUUAAUCGGUGGAGGGAUACCGAUCAUCGUCUGUGGGAUCACCGCAGCAGCAAACAUCAAAAACUACGGCAGUCGCACCAACGCACCAUACUGCUGGAUGGCGUGGGAGCCCAGUAUCGGCGCUUUUUACGGCCCAGUGGGGUUCAUCAUCUUUGUGGACUGCAUGUACUUCCUCAGCAUCCUGCUCCAGUUACGCCGCCACCCCGAACGCCGUUACGAGCUCAAGGAGCCGUCCGAGGAGCAGCAGCACCUCGCUUCAGCCCACACGGAACCCGUGGCUGACUCCCACCCACUCACCCUCCAUCUCCAGCCUCACGAUGCCUCCUCCUCCAUUGUGUCAGCUCCCCACGCUGUGCCCCUGUCCGCCCUGGAGAACGAGCACACCUUCGCCGCACAGCUGAUGGGUGCAGCGGGGGCAUUAGGCCUGUACGCCGCCCUCUGGAUUUUCGGGGCCAUGGCUGUAUCCCAGGAGCACCCGUUCGAUUUAGCUUUCACCUGCCUGUUCGGGCUUGCUGCGCUUGCUCUGGGGGCGUUCAUGGUGGCUCAUCACUGUGUGAACAGACAGGAUAUGAAACGCUAUUGGUCCCAGGCUUGCUGCUCAGGGAGACGAGCUUACUCAGCGCAGGAGGAUGUGCUUCUUCCUCAGCCAGGGGUGGCGAUGACAUCCACCUCAGGAUCUGCUGAUAAGCCAGAUGGGGAGUCGACAAAGUGUGGCCACAGCAGUGCGGAGUCCUCUUACACCAAUAAGAGUGCCCCAAGCAUGCGUAACUCCACCCAUGGCAGCAAGCUGACCAAUCUGCAUGCAGAGGCCGCUCAGUGUAAGCCCGCCUUGGCCCCAGUUGCAGCAAAUGGUGCAGCCAUUCUGGACAACAGUCUGACUGAGCAUUCCAUAGACAAUGAAAUAAAAAUGCAUGUGUCACCGGUUGAGGUUCAGUUCCGCCCGGUGAACAACAUCACCAAUCCAGCACCAACAAACGGACACACAAGCAGGCAUCACAAAAACAGAGCUCGAGCGCACAGAGCGAGCCGCCUCACCGUGCUGAGAGAGUACGCCUACGACGUCCCGACAAGCGUGGACGGCAGCGUGCAGAGCGCCCCUCAGAGGCGACACCACCAUUACGACAUGGCCGCGAGAAACAGUCGCAGAGCCGCCUACAUGGCAUACAGGGAGCGGCACCAGAGCCAGAUGCAGCAGCAGGACAGCAGCGACAGCGCCAGCCUACCGCGCCGCUCUCGCUAUGCAGAUAAAGGAGGAGGAGGCUCCCUGGGGAAUGGGUCGGUGGUGACCAUAGAGACUGAGCGGGAGGCGACCCCAGUAGCAUCCAGCUCAGGUAAAGAGUCCGACCCUGUGAAGCAGCCUGAAAGCACAGAACUAGAAAGUCAACCAAAGUCUUACGGGCUCAAUCUGGUGUCUCAGAACGGCGGCACACUUAAAGAAAAUGGACAGCCUGGGCCUUUAAUUAGCACGGAGAAUACAGCCAGUAUAAAGACCGGCCUGUGGAAACAUGAAACUACUGUGUAGCUACAGUUUCCGUCCCAAAGACUGCAUCUGCCUUCAAACUGUGAAAUGUAUUGUUGUUGUAUUUGAUUGUAAGGUUUGAGUACAAUCAAAGCAUACUGCCACUGAACUGUCUUUGUAGAUAGGUUUUGUAAAUGUGUCUAUUUUUGUAACUCUUUAUCCAAACCUUUUAAUUCCAUUUAAGAGUUGUGCAUGGUCUGAGCUGUGGCCCUGUGAAGACAAACCCUCACCCUGGGGAGGUUUUUCCUUUUUCUAGUUUGUCCAAACAAUAAUAAAAGAAAAAGUUUA